ACCUGCCAGCGCUUCUCUCCAGCACUCGGAGGCGCGGGAGCUGCGAGCGACCGGAGGAGCGGGAUACGGCGGGCCGAACCAAGCCGAACCGAACCGAGCUGCCAGUUGAAAAGGCGCGUCUCUCCACGCGUCUAGGAUUGCGUCGCUCGUUGAGCCGCGUGCCUGUGCCGGUACAAGUAGAGUAAAUGAGUGAGUAACGAGAAGGACUGACUGACUGAGUGAAUGAGUGAGUGACUGACUGAGUGACCGACCGUCACUCCGGAGACGCGGACCUGAGAAAGAGAGAAACUCACUCAGCUCAGCCAGGUGUCGCGGGCGGCGCGACUGCGGAUCUUGCGGGAUUAACGUCACACUUGUCUUGUCGGAGCGAAAAAGCAGCGCCGCGGCUUUGCUUUGGUGGAUUGAUUCUCGGUCGCCGGUGCUGCUUCCCUACGUGACUUUCAUGAGUGGAAAAGUUGUCUUUGGCGCCCGGUAAAAACAGGGAAACUGAAGACCAUGCUGUUAGACAGUCUGUGGUCAGUGUGGACCCUGCUGACCCUCCUGGGGGUUUGGCCAAAAGGCUCCCAGAGUGAUCCUGCCACUGCCCCACGAGUCUUCCUCUGCUUCAAAGAGCUGAGGUCCACUGGCACAGCCCACCAUUUCUCCUUCCUACUGAACAGCACAGACUACCGCAUCCUGCGUAUGGAUGAGGACCACGACCGCAUGUAUGUCGGCAGCAAGGACUACAUCCUUUCCCUGGACCUGCAUGACAUCAACAAGGAGCCUCUCAUUAUCCACUGGCCGGUGUCCCAGCAGAGGAAAAACGAAUGCAUUUUAUCUGGGAAAGACACCAAUGGGGAGUGUGGGAACUUUAUUCGCGUGAUUGAGCCCUGGAACCGGACCCAUCUGUACAUCUGCGGUACUGGGGCUUACAACCCUGUCUGCACCUACGUCAAUCGGGGGCGAAAGGCUCAGGGAUCCUUGCACCAGCAGAUGCCACAGUCCGGGGGGAGGGCCAGCCGUGCAGCAGACUUCGGCACCACUGCUGAGCCACCUGGACCAAAGGAAUACAUAUUCCACCUGGAGCCUGGCAAAGUCGAUUCUGGGAAAGGGAAGUGCUCCUAUGACCCUAAACUCAACAGCGUCUCUGCUUUGAUCAACGGUGAGCUCUACGCUGGGGUCUACAUCGAUUUCAUGGGAACAGAUUCUGCCAUUUUCCGGACUCUAGGACAGCAGACGGCCAUGCGGACAGACCAGUACAACUCCAGGUGGUUGAAUGACCCUUCAUUUGUCCACGUGCACCUCAUCCCUGACAGUGCAGAGCGCAACGAUGACAAACUGUACUUUUUCUUCCGAGAGAAGUCUUCUGAAAUGGGACAGAGCCCUGUAUCCCAGUCCCGGAUUGGUCGGAUCUGCCUGAACGAUGACGGAGGCCACUGCUGUCUGGUGAACAAGUGGAGCACUUUCCUGAAGGCCCGUCUGAUCUGCUCCGUGCCAGGGAGCGACGGCGUCGAGACGCACUUCGACGAGCUCCGUGAUGUGUACAUACAGCAGACGCAAGACACGAAAAAUCCUGUCAUCUACGGGGUCUUCUCCGUUUCAGGGUCUGUGUUCAAGGGUUCGGCGGUGUGCGUCUAUUCAAUGGCCGACAUCCGCAUGGUGUUUAACGGGCCUUUCGCUCACAAAGAAGGACCCAACUACCAGUGGGUCGCUUACGCGGGAAAGAUCCCGUACCCCAGACCAGGAACGUGUCCUGGUGGAACUUUCACUCCCAACAUGAAGUCCACCAAGGAUUACCCUGAUGAAGUUAUCAACUUCAUGCGCAACCAUCCCACCAUGUACAACGCCGUGUACCCGGUGCACAAACGUCCCCUGGUGGUGAGGACCAAUGUAGACUACGAGUUCACCACCAUCACUGUGGACCAGGUGACAGCUGCAGAUGGAAGCUAUGAGGUGCUUUUCCUGGGCACUGACCGUGGAACUGUACAAAAGGUGAUUGUCCUGCCAACAGAUGAUCUUCAGACAGAGGAGCUUGUCCUGGAGGAAGUGGAGGUGUUUAGGGUUCCCACUCCAAUAACAACAAUGAAAAUUUCAUCCAAAAGACAACAGCUGUACGUGGCGUCGGCCGAGGGAGUGACUCACCUGACCCUCCACCGCUGCGAUGUGUACGGCGAGGCCUGUGCCGACUGCUGCCUGGCCCGUGACCCCUACUGUGCCUGGGAUGGAAAAUCUUGCUCGCGCUACUCUGCGUCACAGAAAAGAUCUGACCCCAUUAGACGCAGCCGACGACAGGAUGUGAAGUACGGAAACCCCAUCCGGCAGUGCAGAGGCUACAACUCCAAUGCCAAUAAGAACACGCUGGAGAUGGUACAGUACGGAGUGGAGGGCAGCAGCACCUUCCUGGAAUGUCAAGCGAGGUCCCCCCACGCGUGCAUCAGGUGGCACGUACAGAAGGAAAACAGCGACAGGAAGAAGGAGAUGAAGACCGACGGGCGGGUUCUAAAGACGGAGCAGGGGCUGCUUCUGCGCUCCUUGCAGCCGUCUGACUCGGGCACGUAUCACUGCACCGCCACCGAGAAGAAUUUCAAGCACGCGCUGCUCAAGCUGCAGCUCGUGGUGUUGUCCAGCAGGGCCGUCCACAGCGCGCUGGGCGACAGCGCCGGGCCGUCGGCCGUGGCGGCGCCGCUCCAGGCCGGCCCGUGGACGCCCAACGCCGGCCAGUACAAGGACCUUCUGACCCUCCUGAGCCAGCCUGAGAUGGGCCUCAUCAAUCAGUACUGCCAGGACUACUGGCCGCUGGGCAGCGCCGGCUCCAAGGAGCCCGUGGUGGCUGCCGUGAGAGGGAAGGACCUGAAGGAGCUCAAGGAGCAGAAGAAGCCGCGAAACCGCCGGAAUCACGACGGGCGAAUCGAGGCACGGGAAACAUGAGGGAUCCCUGCUGCAGAACGGCGGAAGGACUCGGAACGCGGGGGAAAUCAUAAGUACAAACAUGAAACGGAACUGAAAAAUUGAUGCGCAAACAAACUCCUUUUGACAAUUAAAAAUAUUAAAAUACACAGUAUUUAUUGUAGGUUGUACAUAGUAUCAUUCUGUGGAUUCCUUCGUACUUAAGUAGACGAAAAAAAGCUCUUUGUGUAUAGAUAUGUUCUGGGCAAAUAUUAAUUUUAUUAUUAUUAUUGUUAUAACAAAAAAAAUCUUCCAUCGUCAUCAUGAAACGUUGUCUCACAGCUGAAAUACCGUUACGCUGGAAGUUCACCGACUUCGUAGAAACACGUGAAAAAGGGUAAUAAGCAGGGACACAACUGGGAGAAGGGAGAUUUUGUUUCUGGACUUCUGCUGGACUUCUCGGCGUCAUCCGUUACCCGGACGCCCUGGAGCCGGAGCGCGGCCAGCAGCGCUCCGCACCUUCCGAGGCAGGUCCCCGAACCUGGACGCGCCGCGCCGGGAGGUGGCGGGGGACUCCGGAGCGGAGAGCGGCGCGCGGACCGCUGCCCCGCGACGGACUCUUGGCUCGGCGAGACGCCGCACGUCCCGAAAGCAGCACAGUAGCGGCACGUUUCCCCGCACGCAAACCAGCAUCUUAUGCUCGUACCGAAAUCCAGCCCCAUCCUUCCUCAUGUUUUACUGUUGCAAACCAGUAGCAUCUGUAUUGCUCCUCAAUUUGCGCUCUUCAUGCCACCCCUAGUUUUUCUUGUCCUUUUCUCAGUUUCUUUUUUGUGAUCUCUGUUCCCAAAACUGCAAUGCAAACAUUGUGACUUUGUGUGUAUGUAUGUGUCUCCUCAAUAUUGUACGAGUGAGACGAUAAGGACUGCAGUUGUGUUCACUUGAAAAAUCUUUACCGGGGGCUUCUAAAGUUUACAAAUACUAUAUAGUGUGUAUAUAAUAUAUAGACACACAUAUAUCUGCAAGGCCCAGGAGACAUGAAUUCAGAAAGAUUUUAAGAGUAAUCUGAGUUUUCUUGGGCUGCUGUUUGAAUUAUUGUGUCAUUAAGACCAAUAACGGAAACGAUGCACCGUCGGGGGAAGAGAAGAACGUAGAGCAACGUAGUACAACUUGACUGGGCUGCUUCACGUUACAGCCGCCUACAAGCGAAGCGGCUGCCGGCCUCAUCACAACGAGGAUUCCUCGGGACCUGGGGUCAUUCUCAGUCACGACGCAAGGAAGCCCUGCCCCAUGACCCAACGCAACCAGGCCUGGAAGAUCCAGGCGCUGGAGCCACCAAGGUUCUUGUGAGCUUUCUGGUGUUUGUGACGCCUCUGCAUAAGUGGCAUCGCUGCUCAGAGCCGUUUUCCAUUUGCACAUUUAUUUGACGCUUUGGCUCCACAACUAAAUGUAAAUAUACACACACACACACACACACACACAGAGAGCAUUUUCUUAAUAGUGUAAACGAUACCAAAACUGGGAAGCUGGCUUUUCAUUGUGUGCAUGAAAUGGAUAUGUACUGUAUAUGUGUAUCAGAAAAAAAGUUGUUGCCGUUCUUCCAUUUGGUGAAAUGAUACACACUUCUCUCGGUGCAGUUUAUCAAACCAACAUAUCUGAGGAAUAAUCUCAGGUGCUAAACAUACACACUUUAAAUAAAGUACCUUCAUUUCAAGAUUCUUCCUCCCCCACUGUUUCUGCUUUGCGUCGGACACCGGUCGUUCCCGUCUGGUCAAACUGCUUGUUUCGUGUUGGAACAGGAGGAUCGAAGAGGAAGCCAACAUUUCUUUCUUGCUAUUUUUAUCAUGUGUAUCUUUAAGGGUUUAGUCUUUUCUUCAAAAUUGGUUUAAUAAGAAAGCCACUGUUGAAAAUAAAUGCAGA